CCUUGGACCGCCGACGAAGACGACCUCAUCCGUCGGCACGUACAAAGACACGGACUCAAGGGCUGGACCUUGCUGGCUAAAGAACGCAUGCCGGGCCGUCGAGGAAAACAGUGCCGCGAACGAUGGAUCAAUCAGUUGGAUCCGGACAUUGAUCGGACGGGCUGGAGGUUCCCGGAAGAUCUCUUUCUAUUGCAAGGUCUGACCCGAUGGGGUCCGAAAUGGGCUUUGAUUGCCAAACAGUUGCCCGGACGCCCGGAAAAUAACGCCAAGAAUCGCUUCAACGCAUACCUGCAUCCCAAAAUUGAAAAGUACCUGGCA